AUGGAUGAUGGUGGGCAUCGUGAAAAUGGCAGGCACAAACCGGAUCCAUAUAAAACAGCUCAGGGCCAGUGGCUGGUGCAACCACAGCCAUCCAUGAAACAGAUCAUGGCCAUCAUGGCUGAAAGAGAUGCUGCCAUUCAUGAGAGAAAUAUGGCCCUCUCCGAAAAGAAGGCGGCUAUAGCAGAGAGAGACAUGGCAUUCCUGCAACGAGACUCGGCAAUUGCUGAGCGAAAUAAUGCCUUACUGGAGCGAGACAAUGCUAUUGCAACUAUGCAAUAUCGAGAUAACUCCUUGCCAAGUGGUAACAUGUCCCCUAGUCCGCCAGGAUUCCACAACUCGCGUGGGGUGAAGCACAUGCACCACCAGCAGCAGCAUAUGCAUCAUCUGCCCCACAUGAAUGAAGGUGCAUAUGGUACUAGGGAAAUGCAGACAAGUGAUGCUGUGCCAAUGUCACCGGUUGCUUCUGAGGUUGCAAAGCCACGGCGGGGUAAACGACCAAAGGAUGCCAAGGCUACGCCAGCCAAUAAAAAGACUUCAAAAUCUCCAAGGAAGGUUAAGAGGGAGAGUGAGGAGUUGAACAACAUGUUUGGAAAGUCACAUGAGUGGAAGAAUGAGCAGGAUAUGAGCGGUGGAGGUGAGGAUCUAAACAAACAGCUGGUUGCAUCUAAGUCUGAUUGGAAGGGUCAGGACCUGGGACUGAACCAGGUUGCAUUUGAUGAAACAACCAUGCCAGCGCCAGUGUGCUCUUGCACUGGAGUUUUUAGGCAGUGCUACAAAUGGGGAAAUGGUGGAUGGCAGUCUUCAUGCUGCACAACCACCUUGUCAAUGUAUCCUCUACCUGCAGUGCCCAACAAGCGGCAUGCUCGUGUUGGUGGGCGAAAAAUGAGUGGGAGUGCAUUUAGCAAACUGCUUAGCCGACUUGCAGCUGAAGGCCACGAUCUGUCAAAUCCAGUUGAUCUCAAGGACCAUUGGGCCAAGCAUGGAACUAAUCGCUACAUAACAAUUAAAUAG